CUGCGGAGGAAAGAUUGGCUGUCUAAAGUCCUCCGUCUCUUCAAACCACUCCCUUGAGCUGUAACGAGAACACCCUUCUUUUACCGAAGAAACCCGCUUCUGUUGUCGCUGUUAUAACGGCACUACAGACUAAAAAAAAAAGAAAAGAAAAAGACAGAAAAGUCGAUCUAUCGAUACAAGAAUCGGGUCAAAAGUUUGACGCAGAGAAGCGCUUGAAACUUUGUUGAGUCGGUCCUGCGUGGCGCACACAGCAGAAUGGUGUUAAAAUCAGAGGACGGAGUCGUGCCUGACGACCUCACCCCAGAGGAGCAGCAGGAGCUGGAGAAUAUCCGCCGGCGCAAGCAGGAACUGCUGGAGGACAUUCAGCGGCUGAAGGAUGAGAUAGCAGAAGUGACCAGUGAGAUUGAGAACCUGGGUUCCACCGAGGAGAGGAAAAAUAUGCAGAGGAAUAAACAGGUGGCCAUGGGCCGAAAGAAAUUCAACAUGGACCCCAAAAAGGGAAUCCAGUUCCUGAUUGAGAAUGACUUGCUGAAGAAUACCAGCGAUGACAUUGCUCAGUUCCUCUACAAGGGAGAGGGCCUCAACAAGACAGCCAUUGGAGAUUACCUUGGAGAGAGAGAUGAGUUCAAUAUCCAAGUCCUCCACGCCUUUGUGGAGCUUCAUGAAUUCACAGAUCUCAACCUGGUUCAGGCCCUAAGACAGUUCCUGUGGAGUUUCCGGCUUCCAGGUGAAGCCCAGAAAAUCGACCGCAUGAUGGAAGCCUUCGCCCAGCGCUAUUGCCAAUGCAACCCUGGGGUUUUCCAGUCCACAGACACCUGUUACAUCUUGUCGUUCGCCAUCAUCAUGCUGAACACCAGCCUUCACAACCCGAAUGUGAAGGACAAGCCCACAGUGGAGCGCUUCAUCUCCAUGAACAGAGGCAUCAACGACGGCGGAGACUUGCCCGAAGACCUGCUCAGGAACCUGUAUGAGAGCAUCAAGAACGAGCCGUUCAAAAUCCCGGAGGAUGACGGCAACGACCUCACGCACACUUUCUUCAACCCAGACAGAGAAGGCUGGCUGCUCAAACUGGGAGGGGGACGCGUAAAAACCUGGAAGAGGAGAUGGUUCAUCCUCACAGACAACUGUCUCUACUACUUUGAAUACACCACAGACAAAGAGCCCAGAGGAAUCAUCCCGUUGGAAAACCUGAGCAUCAGGGAGGUGGAGGAUAAGAAGCCUAACUGCUUUGAGCUCUUCAUUCCCGACAACAAGGACCAGGUGAUAAAGGCGUGUAAGACCGAGGCAGACGGGCGUGUUGUAGAGGGCAACCACACCUUCUACCGCAUCUCCGCCCCCACCACCGAGGAGAAAGACGAAUGGAUGAACAGCAUCAAAGCUGCCAUCAGCAGGGACCCCUUCUACGAGAUGCUGGCAGCCAGGAAGAAGAAGGUGUCGUCCAUGAAGAGGCACUAGAGCUGCUCAUUGUGCCCCACAUUGCACUUGACAGACUGGGGGGGGAGGGGGAGGGACUGGGAAUCUGCUCGCCCUGUCGCGGCCGCUGCAGACGCCGGGGCUGCAGCCUGCCUCGGGCCUCUCCGGGGGAUUUCUCUAGGAUAACUCGCUCUGGCUUUGGGACUCUAUUGGCCACAAAACAGGAAGCAUGCUGGGGUUUCUAGAUAGAGUCAGGGCCAAAGCCUUCCCAACCUCCUGUCCGAAUGUUCACUCUCUCUCUCAGCUUUGUGUGUACUUGUGUGUGUAUGAGGCAGAAGGGAGUCUCACUGUCCCCCCCCAGUGAAAUCCCCUUCAGCGAGAGCCUUUUUCCUCAUGCUUUACCAAACACAAACCCUGUAUACAUUACACACAUGCAUACACACACACACACACACACACACACACAACAUGCACACACUCUCGCAGUCACCCUUGCGCACAUCGUUUAAACUCAGCAGGUCUGACCGAGCGUGGCACCCCGACCAAAAUAUUCGUAGCUUUCUGAGAGUAAAAGUAGUGACCUUUUCUGGCGUGCUUUAAUAUGUUUGGGCAAGACGUGUCUAUUUUUACAGCUUUUACUGUGGAUUCCUCUCUCGAGUCUUUUUGUUUGCUUUUUUAAAAAAAAUGAUCUUGUGAUGAAAACUGCAGGGUGGGGGGUGGGAGGUAGGGUUUUUGGGAAAAGGAGAUAGGGGGGUAAUUUGCCAACUGUUUGUGAUUUUAUAGAAAAAUGAAAACAAAAAGUUUCUGUCAAAAAAAAAAAAAAAAAAAAAGUCGCCACUCAGGAGAUUGUCACAAUGUUGCGCCAGGAUAGAGAGUCCUGUCCUGCGUCAGGAAAGAUGUGGACCCUGUACACUCUGACAACCAUGUGAGGAAUGAAAGCCUUGUUUGUUUCCCAAACUCAACUGUAAUUGUAAAUGUUUAACCACAGUUUUGGGGACUUAUUGCUGCAGGUGAGGCACUCUGAUCCGUGGUUGUUUGGACAGAGCUUCAGCUUUGGAUACGGCUCUCACUGUUCAUUUCCUGAAGGCCCUGGAGAUGCGUCCUGGGGAUUAAUUAUGUCUUUUGAAAUGACAUGUGUCUGUCACCCUAGGCCUCGAUUCAGAGUCUCACAGGGGGGCUUAAAGAUGUCUGGAAAACAACCUGUUUGUCUUUAUUUUCUCUUGUCAUAAAUUUCUCUCAUUUCACCUCUCCUACUAUUGUCUGAAACACACACAUAGUUUCAAAUACUGUAUCAUACAAAAUUCUGUUUAAUUAUCAGAAAAGUUACUUUACUGCAACACAAACUCUGCCUGGCACUCCAGAUGAAAUGUGAUGGAAAACGCUGCUGGUUAGCUACAAUAAUUCACAAAAUAUUCUCUCUCAGUCAAGCUGUGUUUGACAUUUUUUUUCCUAUGGUAAGUUACCUCUAAAUAAUACUGUCUCUGUGUAGAGGGGUAACUACAUUAUUUAAUGUUAGAGUAAAUUCACAUUUCAUUUUCUACCCCCAGCCCAACCUCAUUAAGAUUGUUCAAUACUGUACUUGGAAAUUGCUCUUUAACUUUAAAAAAAAAAUAUGCAUUGUUUAAUGUGCUUCAGGCUCUUCUACAUGCGACAUAUUACACAUUAUUGCGGAAGCUUUAAAAUAAAUCACCAAUGUUGUGUUGUUUGUUUCAGCUACUGCCUGAAAUGUAUGGUUUGUGAGUGUCUCAGGAGCCAAAGUCUGAUGUGAAACAAUACAAAGCUACUUUUUGUAUCAGGAAUGUACAGCAUGGUGAACCAAAAGAUCCAGGGCAGGAUGGUUGUUUCGCUACGCAGAGGGUGCCAAUUAGUGAUGCAUCAUCUUGUCACGUUCAAAGUUUUGUUUUGCGAAAGCACAACUAUACGCUUAUGUACAACAGUGCACAUGCAGUCUCAGUUGUCUCUCAUAUCGUCAGUGCCUGCUGUUCAUCACACUCGCUCCCUGCCCGUUGUGUUUCCUUUCUGCUCCUCUCAACGCACUAAUCCUAGAGAGAUAUGGCAAAAUGCAAAACAAUCAUAAUUCUAGACAGUAUUGGUUUAUUUAUCGAAGUUGUGUAUAUACUUAAGUGUAUAGUGGGUAUUUGUCUCCAUUUUAUGACAUUUUUGAGUUCAGUAUCAUAUUAGUUGUGCCAUUAUUCUUUACCUUUUCCUGUUCCAUAAUGUUUGAUUUCAGGUUUCUAUCAUUGCCAUGUAAUCAAGCUGUAAUAAAAGACAAAUUUGUCACAAA